UUCCUUUCGAGAACGUGGGCGCCUUCACUUUCCCCACUCGCUCAGCUCGUUGACCCAUCCAGAUGAGCCAUCACCUCGCCUCCACCACCGCCGCCGCUAGCUCGUCUCCCAGCCGCCGGCCGAGCUUAACCUCAUUCCCGUCGCCGCUCCACCGACCAAGCGCGCUGUUCCAGCAGACUAACUUCGUUGCCACUCGUACAGAGAGGAAGCCCGCACCUUCAGUGGCCGCCGCAGCGGCGUCGCCGGUAUCACCCCUGCACAGGCUCGAGGAAAUGAGUGACCAUGAGGCAAUCCCCGAAAGGCUCGCUGUGGUUACUGGUGGAAACAGAGGGAUCGGCAUAGAGGUGUGCCGCCAGCUUGCUCUCCAAGGUGUGACGGUCAUUCUCACAGCAAGGGAUGAGGAAAGAGGAAAGGCUGCGGUUGAGUCCCUUUGCCGUGAAUCUAACCUCUCCAACAUAAUCUUCCAUCAGCUCGAUAUACUGGAUGCUGGUAGUCGUGCCUCAUUAGCGCGACAUAUCGAGACCAGAUAUGGGAAGCUCGACAUUUUGGUGAACAAUGCAGGUGUUGGAGGGGUGGCAGUAGACCAGGAAGGCCUGAGAGCUCUCAACAUUGAUCCUAAGAUGUGGCUAUCGGGGAAAGCAGCCCAUCUGGUCGAAUCGGUGAUUAUACAAACAUAUGACGAGGCAGUAAAAUGUCUUAACACCAACUACUAUGGACUGAAAUGGGCAACAGAAGCUCUCCUUCCGCUACUGAAGAAAUCCACAUCAGGAGCAAGGAUCAUCAACACCUCCUCCCUUCGUUCAGAGCUGCAGAGAAUGCCGAAUGAGAAGCUGCGGGAGUCCCUGCGUGACGCCGACAGCUGGGACGAGGCGCGGAUUGAGGCCAUGCUGAGCGAGUUCCUGGAGGACAUGAAGAACGGGCGGCUGGAGGCGGCCGGGUGGCCGAUGAUGCUGCCGGCCUACAGCAUGUCCAAGAUGGUGGUGAACCUCUACACCCGUAUCCUGGCGAGGCGGCACCCAGAGAUGCGCAUCAACUGCGUGCACCCUGGGUUCGUCAAGACGGAGAUCAACUGGAACACGGGGGUCCUCCCGCCGGAGGAAGGCGCGAGGGGCGCGGUGAUGCUGGCGCUGGCGCCCGGCGACGGGCCCACUGGCUGCUACUUCGAUCAGACGAAGAUGGGGGAGGCUUGGUGAUCGAUGGUUACACGAAGGGUGCCACUUUGUUUAGGUUUGCUUUUUUCCACGCUUCAGACCUUCAGUUUAGAUGUUUCUUAGCUAGGCUGGUCCAGCAAACAUGAUUAUCAUUCGCCGCAUUGUGAAACGCGGCUGCAAUAAUAAGAGGUCUCAGCUUAGAUGUUUCCUGUCAAGGAUUUAGUAAUGCAAUGUUAUUACUCAGUUUCUUA